AUGUCCUUGUUCGAGCCUCCACUUCUAUGUACUUCUCCAGCUUCCGUUGAAGAUGUGCAAAAAUGGGUCGAUCAUAUCCCCAGAACAUUGCAAUCCCAACUCUCUGCUGGCACCAUUCUUCCUGUCAGCAUCUUCAAGCUUCCAGACAGUCGAAUAGCCGACAAUCCAAAUUCUUACCUUCCCGAAGAAAUAGGUCUUGGACCAAUCCACCAUUUCCGAAGUGACCUCUACAAUAGAGAGCAGGUUAAACUAGUCACAGCUCAAGAAGUUCUAAAACCCUACAAUAUCACAUCCGAGUACGAAACCAUCGUAAAAGAACGUCUCAUACCUCUUGUCACAAUAGCUAGAAGCUGCUACGACAUAAACUUUGACAUCGGGAACACUCCUUUAGCAUGGGUUUAUUCCAUAGAUAUAGUCGUCUUGCUGGAUAUUCUAAUGAAAAUAACAGAAGGAAAACCCUCGGAGUUUUUGGAAGAUGUUACGAAGCUUGAAAAUCAAAUCCCACUAGUGAUGAUAAUGGAACUGCUAAGUGCUCUUAACCAAAACUUAUCUGGCACAUCAGACAAUCCGUUUCUUGAGAAUUUGUUUCUUAAGUUUUGUGAAACACGUUCGCCUCUUAAGUUUUCUCUACCGAAAAGCCAAAAGGAUCUUGAUAUAGAUUACUCCAUUGAUAUGCCUUCGGAUGAAGAGGAAUCCCCUAGCAUAUUGUCUGUUUUAGAUGCUUUUUUGCAGCCUUUUAAGGACGCAUUGAAUUUGCCAUGGGACAAGCUCAAUGAUUUGAUCAAGUUUUUGUUGGGACAGACACCUACUAAGCUUGAAAUCGCCAUACCUCCGGUUUCACAUCUUGUAAAACUCGCAAAGAUUGAAUUUUCCUCAACAAAUGGAGGUAUACGUGACAUUGAAUUCGACGUUGAAAAGCUCACACUUUGUCUCCCGGUUCUUGAUUUGAAAUCGGAUUCUGAUGUUAUAUUAAGAAAUUUGGUGGCUUAUGAAGAGUUAAUGUUCAAAUAUGGUCACGUUCCUACUCUUGAUAUCACUGAGUAUGUGGAUUUUAUGUGUGGGAUUGUCGAUAGUGACAAGGAUGUAAAGAUUCUUCGUGAAAAGAAUAUUAUCUUAGGCGAUAUGGAGGAUGGGGAAAUCGCAAACUUUUUUAAUAAUAUUACUAAGUCGAGUGGGAGAACUGAUGGGAUAAAAUCCAAGUUGACAAUGACCAUCGAGAGUAUAAAUCACUAUUAUGGUAAUGUUCCAAGAGUUAAAGUGUACGAGACCUUGAAGAAGGUAUUCAAUGCGUCAUGGAAAAUUGCUUUGAUCGCGUUCGCUAUUUUAGGUCUACUGGUGAUGAUUUACAUUGGAGUGCGUGAGGUUUCCAAUUUAAAGGAUCUAUUUACGGUUAGUAACGUCCCGUUGGUCGUUGAUCAAGCUAGCACGAAUAACGAACUUCUUGAUUUUUAG